GGAGGGGGACCCUCGCACCCGGAGUCUGGACCCGCGACCGGAGUCUGGACCCUCGAAACCGGAGUCUGGACCCUCGAACCCGGAGUCUGGCUCCACGCACCCGCAGUCUGGCUCCACGCACCCGGAGUCUGGACCCUCGCACCCGGAGUCUGGACCCUCGAACCCGGAGUCUGGCUCCACGCACCCGCAGUCUGGCUCCACGCACCCGGAGUCUGGACCCUCGCACCCGGAGUCUGGACCCUCGAACCCGGAGUCUGGCUCCACGCACCCGGAGUCUGGACCCUCGCACCCGGAGUCUGGACCCUCGAACCCGGAGUCUGGCUCCACGCACCCGGAGUCUGGACCCUCGAACCCGGAGUCUGGCUCCACGCACCCGGAGUCUGGACCCUCGCACCCGGAGUCUGGCUCCACGCACCCGGAGUCUGGACCCUCGAACCCGGAGUCUGGCUCCACGCACCCGCAGUCUGGCUCCACGCACCCGGAGUCUGGACCCUCGCACCCGGAGUCUGGCUCCACGCACCCGGAGUCUGGACCCUCGCACCCGGAGUCUGGCUCCACGCACCCGGAGUCUGGCUCCACGCACCCGGAGUCUGGACCCUCGCACCCGGAGUCUGGACCCUCGCACCCGGAGUCUGGCUCCACGCACCCGGAGUCUGGACCCUCGAACCCGCAGUCUGGCUCCACGCACGCAGAGCUCCGCCGUCAUGGACCGGGAUGUUUGCGCGCUGGAGCUGCUCGGGCUGCUGCUGGCGGGGGGGGCGCUGCUCUGCACCCUGACCACCACCCUCCGGUCCUCGUGGCUCACGCUGUCCACUGAGCUGCUGCCCACUGAGACCUUCGAACUCGGGCUGUGGGAGACCUGCGUGGUGCAGGACCUGGGGGGGCUGGAGUGUCGGCCCUACGACAGCCUGCUGGGUCUCCCGCCGGACAUCAAGCUGGCCCGGGUCCUGAUGUGCGGGACGCUGGGCGCCGGGCUGCUCGGGCUGAUGCUGGCCAUUCCCGGCAUGCACCUGGUGAACAGCUGCCGCAGACGGAGCGACGAGCUGCGCUGUAAGAGGAGGCUGAAGGCGGCGGCGGGGGUGCUGAGCCUGCUGGCCGGGGUCCUGGGCCUGGUCCCGGUCUCGUACAUCGCGCACCUCACGGUGCUGCGCUUCUUCGACGAGUCGCUGCCGGACGUGGUGCCGCGCUGGGAGUUCGGCGACGCGCUGUUCUGCGGCUGGACCGCGGGGGUCCUGCACCUGGCGGCGGGCACGCUGCUGCUGACGUCAUGUGUGUGCGUGCAGGGCGACAACUGGACCGCACCUGUCCACGUGCCUUCGGGGGGGGCGCGGCCCGCAAGGCCCCGCAUUAGGACCAGGUCGGAGUAUGUGUGAGGCUCCGAACCUCUGUGAUCCAGAUGUGUGGUUCAGAAGAAACAUCCGAUCCGAACAAUGUCAAAGUGAAUCUGAAGGAAAUUUAUCAAAGAAUUAUUGAUCUGAAAUGUUUCACCGGACUAAAACAAACGUUGUUUAAAUUAAACUUGAGUCUCACAUUUCCUACAGACCGUGAACUGGACAUCAGAACUAAGACAGAGGUUUUGAAUCUUCGAGAUCGCAAACUAGAAACAUCUGGAAACUUUGAGUGGAAAAAAAUAGAUGAGAGAACAAAACUGGAUUUUAACUUUUUAAACUUAAAUUAAAAAUGUAAAUUCAUGCAUUUGAAUCAUUCGAACCUGAAACGUUACAGAUGUUAAAGAUGUUAGAGAUGUGAUGUUUGCUUCUAGACAAUCAUUAAUGGUUUUCACCAAAGACUCAUAAACCUGCUGCUGCUUCCUGUUCACUUCCUGUUUAAUCAGAAUGAUGAUGAUGAACCACGAGCUGCUCAUGAACAAAGAUUAUAAAUAAAAACACACUGACAUUUA